AUGGUAACCUCCUGGAUUCUUAAUUCUCUGUCAAAGGAUCUAGCUGAUAGCCUACCAUAUGUAAACAAUGCAAAGGAAUUAUGGGAUGAAUUAGAAGAUCGAUAUGAUCAAGCAAAUGGUGCGAAGUUGUAUCAAAUUCAACAGGAACUCAGUAGUCUUACUCAAGGAAACCUUGAUGUUACAGGUUAUUACACCAACAUCAAAAGGUUAUGGGAAGAAUUAGCUACUUUGGAUACUACACAGUGCACUUGUUUAUGCACUUGUGGGGGUAAGAAUAAGCUGCACAAGGCAAAACAAGAUAGACGACUUAUUCAGUUCUUAAUGGGCCUAAAUGAAGUCUACACAAUUGUGCGAGGAAGCAUUUUGAUGAUGAAUCCUCUACCCACCAUGUCACAAACUUUCUCUAUCUUAGUUCAGGAAGAAAAACAAAGGGAAAUCAAACCACAUUCUCGAGUUCAUCUGGAUUCCACAUCACUGAGUGCAUCUACAGACAUCAGCUCAGGUUUUAGGCAAUCUAAUGCAGGCAACAACACUAACACUUUCAGAACAAGUUUUGUUCCAAGUAGAAGAGGGGGUAAGGGUGUGUACAAGCAAAAUAAUCUUGCCAACAAUUCAUCUUCUGAUUACUAUACAGGUUCAUCUAGUAAUUCAGGAAAUUCAUUCAGAACAUAUCCAUCAAACUACAAUAAUUCAAAUUUGUUUUGUGACUAUUGUAAGAAAUCAGGCCACAUUGAGGAAAAAUGUUAUAGGUUACAUGGUUUUCCUCCAGAUUUCAAGUUUACUAAGGGGAGAAAUUCAGUAUCUGCAGCUAAUGUUCAUAGUAAUUCAGGAAGUACAGCUUCUGAGAAGUAUGAAGGACAAGGAAACAAUUUGACUCAUAGCUUUACAUAUGAUCAGUAUAAUCAGUUGCUUAGUUUAUUAGGAAACAUUCAUGUUCAUGGAGAAGCCACAAGUGAUGGACACAAGAAUUCUGCAGAUGGAUUUACACAUGAACAAGGAGUUGUGAACCUUGCAGGUAUCUUAGCUUGUCAUUCCUCUAUAACUGAUUUUGGUAAAAUGUCUUGUAAAUGUGUUGUAUCACCUGCUGCAUCAUGGAUUAUAGACUCAGGAGCCACAAACCACAUGACAUAUAAUAAAGCCUUACUUACUAAAAUCAGACCCUUGGCUUAUCCAUUCUUAGUUACACUACCAAAUGGAUAUAAAGUGAAAGUGACUGAAGUUGGUGAUGCCUAUCUAAAUUCAACAUUGACUCUAUAUCAAGUGUUAUUUGUACCUAGUUUCAAAUUCAAUUUAAUUUCUGUUCAGUGUCUAACUUCACAACUCAAAGCUAUCAUUAGUUUCACCAAUUCAUCAUGUAUUAUGCAGGGCCCUUCUCUGAAGAGCCCUCUGGAGAUUGGUAGUGCAAAGGAUGGCCUAUACUUCACUUGUUCAAGGUGUCCAAACUGCAGGAAUUCAUCUGGUUCUUCCUCACUUACUUCAGUUCCAUCUUCUUCUGUUUCAGAUCCUGUAUCACAUAAGCCUUUCACUUGUAUCUCUUCUGUAAAAUCUCUUCAUGAAAAUAAUAAAGACAUUUGUUGGACUGCACAACAAUCAUCUAUUAGUAAUUAG